GCAGGGCGGAGCCGGCCCGGUGGAGCCAUGACAUCACCGCCGCCGCCGCCGGGCCAGCCCCGGCCCCGGCCCCGGUCCCGGUCCCGGCCAUGCCGCCCCGCGCCGCCGCCGCCCCGCCGUAGCCCCCGCUGGAGCCGCCGGCCCCGGGGCCGCUUCCUGUGCUGGGGGCAGUGUGAGGGGGGCCCACGCACCCACGGGCACCACGGGCCACCCCGGGGACCUGCCUGGGUCUGCUGCCAGCCCCGCGGGCUGCAGGGGGACGGGGACAGCACGAGCGAAGUCUGGCCACGCGUGCCGGUGACACCACGGAGGGACGGGGCUGAGGACGUCCUGAGUAAGCCAGCGAUGUCGGAGAGCGUGGCCGAAGCGCCGGGAGAAGGGAGCCCUGCGGCGCUCGGCGAGACGGGCACCAGCCAUGAGCUCCUGCAGCGGCUGCGGGAGCUGGAGGCGGAGAACUCGGCCCUGGCCCAGGCCAACGAGAACCAGCGGGAGACGUAUGAGCGCUGCCUGGACGAGGUUGCCAACCACGUGGUGCAGGCGCUGCUCAACCAGAAGGACCUGCGUGAGGAGUGCAUCAAGCUGAAGAAACGGGUGUUCGACCUGGAGCGCCAGAACCAGGCGCUGAGCGACCUCUUCCAGCAGAAGCUGCAGCUCUCGGCUGGAUCCCUGCCCCAGCUGCCACUGCACCCAGUGCCAGUGCCCCCGGACACCCCGGCCAGCCCCCAGCCAGGCUCUGCUGAGCAGCCGCCCCCCCUGCUGCCCCCUGGAUGCUGCAUCCCCCCUCCGGAGCCCCAGCAGAGCGCCAUGGGGGUCAGCGCUGUGUUCCCGCGGGGUGACAGUGCCCGGUCCCCGCAGAUGACCCCGUCGGUGCCGUCGGGCAGCCCCGGGCUAAGCCCCGGCACCCCCACCCUGGACGCCCUCUCCCCCUUCUUCAAGAAGAAAGCCCAGAUCCUGGAGGUGCUGCGCAAGCUGGAGGAGACGGACCCGCUGCUGGGGCCCCCCCCGGCCUCUCCCGGCUCCCCCGAGCCCUGUGCCGCCCCGGGCUGGUCCUCGUGCCCGCUGCGGGGGCCGGGGGCUGCUGGGGGUUGGCGGGGGGCCGAGGGAAGCCCCUGCUCCUCGCCGGAGGAGGCUGCACCACCGCGGGGGGCCCUGCUCAGCGCCUUGGCUGAGCGGCUGCUGCGGGGCGAUGGGGGGUGCUGCCGGCGCAAUGGCGAAGCCCCUGGGGGCCCCCCCCGGCAGCGGCGUAGCGAGCACCCCGCUUUUCUGGGGCUUUAUGCCGCGGGCGAGGAGAGCCCCGAGGGGGGCUUCGCCGCGCUCUCUCCCGGGGGAGACACCAACCCCCUGCCUUCCCCCCCCAAGGUGCUCAAGCUGCCGGCCCCCCCCGGGGCGCUGCGCCUCAGCCCCCAGCUCGCCCGCGCCUCCAAGAUCCCCUGCCGCAGUGGCAACCCCGAGGCCUCGCCGGUGCUCAGUCGCCGGGCCUCCCCCGACGCCCCCCCCGAGCCCGGCUCCCCCGAGCCCCCCGUCUUCCCCCCGCCACGCACCUACGAGGCAGCUGAGCCGCCCCCCGGGCCACCGGCCCCCACUGGCAGUGGGGAGCGGGCAGCCACCUCCCCCCCCAGUGCCCGCCGUGGCACGGGGGGCUCAGCCCCCACCCGCCGCCCUGGCAAGAAGCCCCCCGAGCCGGGCUACUUGCCUUUCAAGGAGCGCUUGGCUGCCCUGGGCAAGCUGCGGGGGGCUGAGGGCCGCGAGCCCCCCGGCCCGGGGCGGCCUGAACGAGGGCAUGGGGCUGAGCCACGGCCCCCUCCCCGAGGAGGUUUGGGGGGCAGCCUGAAGCACCCCGAGCCAGCGCAUGGUGGGGAGCCCCUGGCCCGCUGCUACUCCUCCGGCUCCAUGGGUGAGGCCGGCAAGGCAGGGGGCAAGGGGCGCCCCGCUGGUGGCAGGACCCCUCCCCGGGUCCCCCCAGCCCCCCCUACCAAAGCCGCCCGCAGCCCCCACGGCAGCCCCACCAAGCUGCCCACCAAGGCGGGUGCCGGUAAAGCCGGGAUGCCACGGAGUGAGGAGCCGGCAGGCGCCAAGGCGGCGGGGGUCCCCCGCAAAGCACCACCAGCCGCCGAGCCCCCCGGCACGGUGCCGCCGCCGCCGGGCGCCGCCGGGCACUCGGCCAUCGAGGAGAAGGUGAUGAAGGGCAUCGAGGAGAACGUGCUGCGGCUGCAGGGGCAGGAGCGGGCGCCGGCGGGCGAAGCCAAGGGGAAGGCGGCUGGUGGCUUGGCCAGCUGGUUCGGGCUGCGCCGUAGCAAGCUGCCGGCUCUGAGCCGUCGCGGCGAUGGCAGCCGGGGCCGGGAAUGGGCCGGAACGCCGGCCCCUCUGCGCCGGGAGGUCAAGCUGGCCGCCCGCAAGCUGGAAGCCGAGAGCCUCAACAUCUCGAAGCUGAUGGAGAAGGCGGAGGAUCUGCGCAAGGCGCUGCGGGAGGAGCAUGCCUUCCUGCAGGGGCUGGCGUUGGAGAAGGGGCGCCCACGCGGGCCCCCCCGCGGCCCCGGCCACCUCCCGGUGAUGUACCAGGAGGUGACGGCCGAGACCUUCAUGCAGCAGCUGCUCGACAGGGUGGAUGGGAAGGACGUGCCCUACGAGAGCCGCCUGGAGCACAAGCGGGAGCUGUGUGACCUCCGGCGGGUCCCCUCCGACGCCAAAGACCCCAGGCUGUGCCACCCGCCCCGCAACGGCAUCGUGGGACACCUGCGGGAGCCCCCAGACAAGGUGCCCGAUGUGGGGCUCCGGGAUGAGCUGCCAUCGGACGAGAGCUUGUCUGAGUCAGGAGCAUCGCAGCACUUCGCCGCCUGUGGUUCGCUGACGCGGACGCUGGACAGUGGGAUCGGGACCUUUCCGCCCCCCGAUUAUGGGGGGGUCCCUGCCAAGAGCACCCCCAAACCGCGGGGCCGCCCUGAGCCGCUGCCCGGCGCUGUGCCGGCGCGGCCACCUGCCAUCACCAAAGUGCCGCGCAAGGCCCGGACGCUGGAGCGGGAGGUGCCCAGUGCGGAGGAGCUGCUGGUGGCCGGCAAGCACCGGAGCGCCCCGGCGUGCCGCCCCCCGGCUCCCCCCGGCCCACACGGCCACCGCGCCGCUCCCCAAGACGUCGGUGAUGAUACCGGGAAGCCGCGGCGCAUCCAGCAGAGCAAAAACUGGACUUUCCCCAACGCCAAAGCCUGCGGUGCUGCCGACCCUUUCCUCUGCCCGCCCGGGGGGCUGGAGGGGCUGCACCAUCCCACGCUGGCGCCCGUGUGCAGCCCAGCGGGGCAUCGAGGAGCAUCCCCGGAGGCCCCCCCGCCACUGCCCCCCACCCUGAGCGCCAGCAGCAGCCGGACGCCCAGUGCCUCAGAUGUGGGGGACGAGGGCAGCACGGAGGCCCGGUCGCGGGAUGGGGGACACGGUCCCCCGGGGCUGGAGCACUCCGAAUCGCUCAGCGACUCGCUCUACGACAGCCUCUCCUCCUGCGGCAGCCAGGGCUGAGCCCCCUCCCCGGCCGCACUCGCACGUCUUCCGCCCCCCAGCCCCGCUGCCCCCCACUCCCCCAGCCCUGCUCUGGGGGUGCUGCCCGGGGUGGGGAGGGGGGGUCUCGGCAUCCCACCCCCCCGCCCCGGUGCCCGGCUCUCUCCAAUGGUGCUAUUGCAGUGUACAGCCCCCGCCGCCGGGUUUUUAACUCAAUAAAGCCACCCUCCCCCGGUUUAUUUAUA